UAACAAUUCAACCGGGAUCCUGCUGCUUCGAGAUACACCCGUGUUUGGUUUUCAUAUAUCACAUUAUUUUAAAAGCAUCUCUCCCAUCUCGCCGGCAAAAAAAAUUCACACAUUUACUCCUUCUAAAAUUAUGAGCACUGCCGGCGAAAUCGAAGCAUCUCCGACCACCGGACUCGAACCUUCCGACGAGUCCUCACCACUACUCUCCUCACACGACUCCGAUCAAAAGUCUCCGCCUGGUCCUCAAGUCGAGAUCAGUCUCUACCGGCGCGGCCGCGGUCCGAUCGCCGUCUUCAAAUCGAGUCUCGGCGGCUACGAACAAGAUCAGCUCGAAGUUGUAGAUAUUCUCGAUAAGUACGGCUUUAAAUCUAUCUAUGCUUUCAAUUCUAUUACUGGCCGUGGUGUUCCGAUUAGGUUUAACCCCAAAAAUGGACGCUCUUUGCUUCCGUAUUCUGAUGGCGCUGUCAUCUCGGUCGACGGAGAGCCUAAGGACUCUGUAAUUAACCCAAUUACUAAGAUACUGGUAGGAGUGGCAGCUAUGACGCUUAUAAUAGUCUUUGUUGUAAGGGAGUAUCCACAUUUGGCACAAAAGUUUAACUUCUCAGGCGGUAACUUUCCUCCAUGGGUAUUAGCUUUAGUGGUAAUUGUCUUCACUCGCUUGAGUAAAAGAACUAAAAACUUUCUAAUAAAACGUGGUUGGUGAAAAUUGCAACAUUUAGAAAGCAACUGUAUUUUGAAGUUCUGAUUCGAUGACAAUUUUUCAUGGUAUGGUACGCAUGAAAUCUUAUCUUCUUAUCCUGAAAUGUUGGGAUUGUUUUAUACAUUUUUGUUUGAUAGAUUUCCUCGUUUAAUUGUAAUCAUAAGCGCAACAGCUGCAGAUAAUUUGAUUUAUUAAUAGCUGCAAAUUUAUGCUCUGAA